AUGGAACCUGCUUGUACCUGGAGUUUGUUGUCUGCAGAGAAAGCUGCUUCUUGUUCUCUGGCUUCGUUUUUCAAGGAAGGAGCUUACAGUUGCAGAGAAAUCAGCCACACUAAUAAUCUUAGUGCUGUUGACCUGAUCACUAACAUAUUUCAAGACAUAAAGGGACCAAUCCUGGACAUUAUACUUCUAUAUCCAGAGAAACUUCUAUUUAUUCUUGAUGGAUUUUCUGAGCUGCAAUACCAUGGGGGUGACCAAGAAGAGGAUCUUACUGAUAAUCCCCAGGAGAGGAAGCCAGUAGAGAUACUCUUGUGCAGUUUGGUGAAGAAAAACUUUCCUGAAUCCUGUCUCCUAAUAACUGCCCGGCUCACAGCCAUGAAGAAACUCCACUCUCUGUUAAAGCAACCUAUCCAGGCAGAAGUCCUUUUAGAUGCGCAGUUUCCUAGUGUCUCAGCUACACUUGCUUUGCCAAGCACUGUAACGCUUCCCACCGGGCUCACCAGAGUAGAUACAGGGCUACCACAGCCCUCUCCCAGGGAGAAAGGGGUCCUUCUCGCUCCGAGGGCUCCGGGAAAAGGGAGCCACGCGGCCAAAUCUCUAGGCUUUUACUCUAGGACUGUUCCAACUCCCAGAGACUGCGGGGGUGCCGAGGAGGGAGAGCGGAAGGUCCCGCCCCCUCCUGGGCUCCUAAGGGAACCCACCACGUGGCUGAAAGCCAUUGAAGGCGGGAAGAAACGGGACUGGUUAGAAAAGACCCAGAAUGAAGAAAAUGAAGCUCUCAGAAGUCAGUCCAAAAGGUCCCGCCCCACCAUGAUGUUCCUUGUGAUAUCUUUUUCUUCAUAUACACUGAUUUUUCUGCCACCUCACAGCUCUUGUGGUAGGGACCUCGCCUCAGUAUUUGAAACCAACCAGUGUCUGACAGAUUUGGAGUUUGUAAAAAAUACCCUGGAAGAUUCAGGAAUGAAGCUUCUGUGUGAAGGAUUGAAACAGCCAAAUUGUACAUUACAGACAUUGAGGUUGUGUGCUAGCCUCCUCCCAGAAAGCUCAGAGGCUGUUUGCAAGUAUCUUGCCUCUGUUCUCAUUUGCAACCCACAUCUCACUGAAUUGGACCUGAAUGAAAAUCCCCUUGGGGACAAAGGAGUGAAGUAUCUUUGUGAGGGUCUUAGACAUUCCAACUGUAAAUUGGAGAAACUAGACUUAAGCAAAUGUUACCUCUCAGAUGUGAGCUGUGUGGAGCUCUCUUCUUUCUUGCAACCAUCGUGGUGUCUUCAUCUUUCCAGGCUUUCUGAAUGUUCCCUCUCUGUAGCUUCCUGUAAGCCCCUUGUCCAAGUCCAGAGCUCCACCUGGAGCCUGACAAGACUGCUUUUGAUUAAUAACAGAAUUGAAGAUUUGGGACUGAAAUUGCUGUGUGAAGGAUUAAAACAGCCCGGCUGUCAGUUAAAGGAUCUGGUGUUAUGGACCUGUCAUCUGACUGAAACGUGUUGCCAGGAUUUUUGCAGUACACUCUAUACAAAUGAACACCUGAGAGACCUUGACCUCAGUGACAAUGCCUUAGGGGAAGAGGGCAUGAAGGUGCUGUGUGAAGGGCUGAAACACCCCUGCUGCAAGCUACAGUCCUUGUGGUUAGCAGAAUGUCACCUCACAGGUGUGUGCUAUGGAGCCCUUGCCUCAAAGUCUUCAAACAGAAAUGAGAAUUUAACAUUGCUAGACUUAAGUGGAAAUGACCUCAAGGAUUUUGGAGUGCAAAUGCUCUGUGAUGUACUGAUUCAUCCAAUAUGCAAACUUCAGAUAUUCUAAGAAUGAAGUCUGCUGGUACCAAAGGCUCAAGAGUGUGGUGAUUAUUGCCCAAGCAGAGCAUUGACACAGAUCAUUUACAUGAAGAUACAUUUAAAAAGAUGGAAGCUUUAAAAAUGAGCAAGCCUGGAAUUAUCUGGUAAUUUCCAAGGAGAGCCUCUGAAAAGACUUCAUAUAGACUCUCUCCAUUUGGUACCACCUUUAACAGAUGUGCAGUAUUGUUUUUCCAAAUCUGUUAACCUUUGCUGAGGAAUCUCCUAUGAAACUAGUAUCAGUGAUUGCCAUUUCUUACAUAAAACCGUCCACUAAAUAGGAUGUAAAAGACAGAAGCACCUUAGUUGAAAUGUUUUCAGCAAUAAUACCUUAUAUUUAUAUAUUGUAUUACCAUGUUAACUGUACUGUCACAAGAACCUCUAAGGUGGGAAGGUUAGGUUUAGAAAAGUUGUGACUAACUCCAGGUUACACAGAUCAUUAGUGAGAGAGCUGAGGCUGGAAUUCAGCCAGGUCUUCCAACUCUUAGACCAUGCAAAAGAAACAGUAGGAAAAAAACAUGAAUGAGUCUACUUAAACAAGAUCCUUGAAUCGAUUAAAAGACAAAGGAGUAUACAAACAUACAUUAUAUCUUAUGGUGCUGAUUUUAAGUAAACUUAUAUUUCAUGAAAGAGAGAGAAAUGAGCUAGAUUAAUUGGGAAAGUCUCAUGGAGGAGGUAAGACUUGAUGUUGGUCUUGAAGAGUGAGAAGGAUUGAGAUAGACAAAAGUAUAAUAGACCUUGGUUUUAAGACUGCAGGGUGACACAUGCCUGUAAUCUCAGCAGCUCAGGAGGCUGAGGCAGAAAGAUUGCCAGGCUCAGCAACUUAGUGAGUUUAAGGCCAACCUCAGCAACUUAGUAAGACCCUGUCUCAAAA